UAAAACACGCCCUAAUUAACGAGAAAAAAACUAUUUAAGCCCCUUAAAUAGCUUUUCCUUCUGAGUUCGAAUCUUAAGUGACGGACGUAUAUACAUCAGAAUUUCAAAUUAAUUUAUUUUCUGUUUGGAUACAAAUUUUAACAAAUCAUGGGUGACGAAGAAAAAAAAGAGAAGAAAAAGAAAACCAAAAAGAAGUCUGAUGCUCCGCAAGAAACCGAUGCAGCACAAGGGGAAGAAGCUCCUCCUACUCCAACACCCGAAAUAACGGAAGCUCCAGUAGAAGUUGCCUCCUACUCCAGCUCCUCCUCCUGUUGAAAAGAAAGUAUCUACGAAGAGAAAAGCUCAAAGAUGCGGUUCCAAUGUUUUUGCAAUGUUUACACAAAGGAAAGUUCAAGAGUUCAAAGAGGCUUUCCAAUUAAUCGACCAAGAUAAAGAUGGAUUUAUUACAAAGGCAGACUUAAAGCUUACGUUUGAGAUGUUAGGUCGUGAGGUAGAUGACGAGGACUUGCAAUCCAUGUUGGCGGAAGCUCCGGGACCUAUAAACUUUACCAUGUUCUUAACAAUAUUUGGUGAAAGAAUUUCAGGCACUGACGAAGAAGACGUCAUACAGUCAGCUUUCUCAAUUUUUGAUGAGGGAGAUGGAAAAAUGAAAGAAGAAGUGUUGAAAAGUACUUUGAAAAAACGAGGAGAUAAGUUUACGGACGAAGAAGCCGAAAUUUGUUUGAACGAAGCUCCUGUGGACAAAGAAGGUUAUAUCAGCAUUCGGAGAUUCACUAGGGUUUUGACAAAAGGAGAAGAAGAUGAUGACACGGAUGGAGGUUAAAUCUUCUCUUUGUCUAUUGAUGCAAGCAUUGAUUCUGACUGGCUGCAUAUACGGCACAUAUAUCAUGCAUGUUACCCAUCACUGUAAAAUAGAAACUUCAAAAAUUAUAAAAUAAAAAUUAUUCCUUGGC